UCCAUUUUCUUACUUACAGAAGAAGAAAGAGAUACACACAGAAUUCCAACUAUCCAAAACAUAAGGCAGGCAAUUUACUGGCUUAUGCAAGGUGUUCAAGCAGGGGAUUCUCUGGUGUUCCAUUUUUCUGGUCAUGGCUUACAAAAAAGGAGCUACACUUCAGAUGAAAUUGAUGGUUAUGAUGAAACACUUUGCCCAUUGGACUAUGAAACAAAAGGAAUGAUUGUUGAUGAUGAACUAAAUGCAACACUUGUUAGGCCUCUUCCUCGCGGUGCUAAGCUUCACGCCAUCAUAGAUGCCUGUCACAGUGGUACUAUGCUAGAUUUACCAUUUUUUUGUAGGAUGGACAGAACUGGACGAUAUGUGUGGGAAGACCAUCGUCCUCGAUCAGGAGUAUGGAAAGGAACAAGUGGAGGAGAGGCUAUAUCUUUCAGUGGUUGUGAUGAUCAUCAAAAAUCAGCAGAUACAAAUAGUUUGUCUAAGGUCAUGUCAACUGGUGCAAUGACCUUCUCUUUCAUCCAAGCAAUUGAGCGCGGACAAGGAACUACUUAUGGAAGUAUUCUGAAUGCAAUCAGAUCUUCCAUCCGCAGUUCUGAUAGUGAUUUAGGAAGCAACAUCACCAGUUCUCUUCUCACAAUGCUAAUUACCGGGGGAAGCUCUGGCUUUGGGAUGAGACGGGAGCCCCAGUUGACUGCUAAUGAGCCAUUUGAUGUGAACACCAGAAAGUUUUCACUAUAACAUCUUAAGCAAUCUUACACACCUCCUGCUUUCAUAUAGUUUGGGUGCAUAGAUACCGAUUGAAGUUAUCGGAGAGAGAAAUAAAGUCUUACUAUCAAUUCCUUUUGAAUAAGGC